AGCGGAGGAGGAGGAGGUGGAAGAGGAGAAGGGAAGCGCGGCUGCUUCUGUGGCCGGAGCAGGAGGGAGCCGAGAGAAGGGCGCUACUGCCCGCCCGCCUGCAGCCUAUCUUCUGCGCCCGGCUCCUCAACCACAACUCACAACCAAGCGCCUCGUUUGGCCUCCAGGAAGAGCCUCCGCCGCCUCUCUCCCUCCUUGGGCCGCAGGAGGCGACGGGGAAGCGGGACUGAGAGGCGGGUGGGAGGAAGCCGUUUGACAGCACGAAAUACGGCUUUGGAGAACUGCGAGGAAGGCGAAACGAAGAGAAGGAGCCUCCGGAGGCAAAGAAGGACGCCCAGCUGCGCCGUGUGUAGCACAGCAAUGGUGGAGAAGGCUUAGAUUGAAGUGCUAGACCGGGCUUCUUUCCAAGAGUAGCAUAUAGCACCAGGAGAGCCUUAAGAAUGGACUGGUAGAUCAGUUCCUUCGACAACACCUUCCUUCCAGUUGUAGCACAGCAAAGGUGGGGAAGACUUGGGAAUCCACAGGUAGAGCUGGAGAGAGGGAACCUUCUUUCCAGGUACAGCAUAGCAAAGGUGAGGAAGGCUUAAGAAAAGGUUGGUAGGGAAACUAAUUUCCAGUGACAGCACAGUACUAUUUGGGAAGGGCUAAAGAGAAAGUAAAAGGGCUGAGCAAAGUUUCUUUCCAAGUGUAGGAUAGAUUGGUAGAUCAGGGCAGAGGGAAGCUUUUUUCUAGACAGAACAGUGGUUCCCAAGCUUUGGUCCUCCAGGGGUUUUGGACUUCAGCUCCCACAGUUCCUAACAGCAGGUAAGAUGGCUGGGAUUUCUGGGAGUUGAAGUCCAUAACGAUGGGAGGAACAAAGGUUGGGAACCACUGAUAGAGCAUAGCAAUGGUGCGGGAGGCAUAGAGAGGACAGGUAGACCAGGGCAGAGGGAGGCUCCUCUCCACCUAGAAGAGACCGCACAUUGGCUUCUCCUGCCCGCCUCUCUCUCAAUCUCAUCCCAUUCUGCCUUCUCCAUGUGGCCACCAAGAUGACCCAAGCCAGGACACUCCUGCUGCGGCAGAUCUUGGACUGGGAUGACUUCAUCCACAGCCGUGCCUUGAGGGAGCUUCUGUUGGACCAGUUGCCCAACCGCGUCCUUGCCAGCCCGGAUGGGCAGCACCUGCUUCUUCUGUGCCGCUCUCGGGUCGUGGCCUUCCAACGUCUGGGCACCGAAGGAGGGGGUGACCUAGAGAGGAGCUGGCAUCCACCCCAGCCGCCUGUGGUGGGGCUGUUUUUCCUGGAAAGCCCUUCUGCCGCCAUCCCUUGGGUGCUGGGCGUUGUCUGGGAGAGGGGCAAGGCUGAGCUGUGGCGCUUUGUGCCCUCCACCGGGUGGCACAUGCUUCAGAGCCUGGAACUGUGCCACGGAGGCCGGGCCCGCAUCAUCUCCGUCUGUAGCUGGAGGGGUCAGCUGGUGUGGUGUGAGGAGAGGCCUGCCUUGGGUGCCCUGAUGACCCCAGAAAGGAGAGCCUUCCAGUACUGCAUUUGCACCCGUAGCCUCCAGAUUGGGGAACAGGGAGCCCAGCUGAGCCCGCUGAGGGUCAUCUUGCACAAUAGCCCUCUUUAUCAAGUGCUGGCCUCACCUUCCGGUGUCUUCUUGGUGCCCACUCCAGACACCUUCACAAACAUCGCCAAAUUUAUCAUCAUCUGGCAGCCCGAGAAUGCUACCAUUUCUGUUGCUGCUCCAUCCAGGGGGUGCAUUUGCACAAAAGCCUCUCAUCCUGGCAGUGAAGUGGACUUCAAGAAGCUGGUGUUGGGCUAUGUGAGCUUCCUGGCCUCCAUGGACGUCUUGAUCAUCCACGGCUGUGCCCUCUCCAGCUGCGGGGGGCUCCUCCUGGUUACCAAGGCAGGCAUGGUGGAGCUGGUGCAACCCAAUGGGACGUGGAGACCCGUCUUUGACUUUGGGGAGAGUGCUGUGGCCCCAGGGCAGCAGGUCCAGCUGAAAGCCUUUGGGAGCACCCUGGCCUGCUUGUUGGGAGGAGCGCUUCACCUUGUGGACUUGGACAGUAGGCAGCUGAUAGAGAAGAAAGGCCUGAGCACCGACGGAGUGCUUUUCUUGGACUUCGGAACAGGAGUGGGAGAGGAGGAGGAGAUGCAGCUCCUUGCUCCAAAUGGCAUUUACAACCUUGACUUGUCUAAUGCUGCUACAGAGAGUCAGCCCGAACCCAACCUGGUUGAGAUGGUGUUCGAGGAGGCCUGCAAGUACUAUCAACGGCGGAGCCUCAGCAACUCCCAGCUCACUGUGGAGAAGCUCAAGAAAGGGGACAUGUUUCAGGCCCCUAUUGCACUUUCUGCCAUCCUGUGCCAUAGUCUUACUCCCAAGGACAAGAAGCCCAGGAUCCUCACGGAGCCUUAUGCCAAGCUGCUGAGCACAAUGCAGUUGGAACUGCAAAGCUAUCAGAACCUGGAACUGCUCAAGGCCCGUGUGGUCGGAGCCUCUGAAAGUGAGGUGGAGAGCUAUGGGGAUGCCCUGGUGGAGCAGGAGCUCAGCCGCCUUCUGCACUUGGACUCCAACAAGGAAAACUUAGAGUACCUGAACGCUAUCUUCAGUUCCUUCCCAAAGGCAUCCUGGAAAGCCAUCCAGAAUCACCUCCAACUACAGCAGAAUGGCGAUGGCAUUCUGGCAGCGAGAGCUACUCCAGAUAUAUGGAAGAAAAUUCUGUGGGGACCGCUAUCCAGCCUCAGUAAGCAAGAGGAGGGGACCCUCAAUGGAGUGCUCCCCCUUUUUGAACUUAUCUGCCUUGCACUCCACCAGUUCAAGCCUAAAUGGCUGCCUCAGUUUGUGGAGCUGUCCCAAGAGUAUAUGGGGGCCACUUGGACUUACAGCAGCAAAGAGGGCCCUGAGGGCAGUGUUCCUCUCUACAAGAGAGCCUUAGCUGUGCUGCCACGGAGACACAAGUGCUCAGUAGCCGACAGGGACAUGGAAAUUGAACUUUUACUAUCUAGCCAGAGACCCAAAGCCAUCCUGCAGGCCAUUGGUCAACUCAUCCGGCACCAGAGGUGGCAGAGGGUGAUGGAGGCUGCGGAAAAGUUCUCCAGGCUGAGCCCUUUGCUGAACAAAGAGAUUUUUAUUAUACUCCUGGGGGAGUUUUCCAAGCAUAGAGCCCUGGACCCUUACUCGGACAUGUUGUGGGAACUCUGUCCUGCAGAUCUGAGUGCUUCUGACCUCCUGAGUGUUAUCCAGCAGCACUUAAGCCCAGCAGAUUGUGAUCCCUCUCCUUUUCCUCCAGAGGGGUCAUCCCAGCUGACAGUCGGUCUGCUGAAACCCCUGUUGCACAAACUGACACCGAGCCCAUCAGGCCGGGCUGAAAUGUAUGCUGAUGCUUUACAGGGCCCCACUUUCCCUCCACCAACUCCCCCCAGGCAGCACCAUGUUCUUCCAAAGGCAGCAGCUUCCCAGGAAGAGCUAACUCCCUUUCAAAGCCACACAUAAGUGCACAUAGUGGUGUCAGACAUAAGAGUUGGAGGCAGGCAAGAGAGCAUCCUGAGUCCUACAAGAAAUAGGACUCAGUGCUUUUAUGUCCCACUGAGAUCCUGUAUGUCCUGCAUCAGGAAGCUGUCCCUGCCAAAAAGAGGGAGUAAGUGGUAGGUUUAUUUGGAAGAGAGCAGAACUUGAAGCAAGGAUCAGUGAGUUCUGGUUUUGGUGCCUUAAACAGGAGCACAUGGCUUUCAUACACAAAUUAUACAAUUACUCAUCCAAUGGGACCAGCUGAAGUUGCUGAUGCCAAUGUAUUCCCAUCCUUUUAUGAAUAAUUUUAGUGGGAUGAGGUUGUCGGUUUUAAUCUUUAUGGUUUGGUAAAAUGUUAGUCUGUAUUCUUCAGUCAUAUUUAUAUGUGAGCUGAAUAUCCAUUGGGUCAUUGAUUGCCUUGCUCUAACUGUCUUGAUUGUAUGCUGAAACACCCAUCAUUCUACUGUAGAACACUUAAAUGUUGGCCUUUUUUUUCCUCCUGGCAGCAUGCCAGCUUGUGGGUGCCAGGUCUCGCUGGCUGGCUUUAGUUCCUCCUGAAACUAAAGUUUUUCAAACUCCCUGAUUUGUGAGCAUGUCAGUUGUUUUCUUCUCUGACUAGAAACCCACUCCCAAGUUGUUAAGCAUGCAAUGUUUACCUGCAGCAGGGAAAGCCCCAGCUAUUUCUUCCAUACCUUCCAUACACACACCUUUGCCCCUUUGUAGUGGCCUUAUCUGUUGCUUCAAAAAAUGGAGGCGGCUGUCAAUAGAGGGGUGAUCCAUUGAAGAACUCAAUUGCCUGUACAUUUGCAGGGUUGUGCAACUCUGGCUUUGCUCUUUGUUUGCCACUCCAUUAGCUUACCAGGUUAACGAGGUAUGUGUCUGUUACAGAGGAAGAUGUGAAACUGUGAAAAAUGGAAUUUGCUUUCUCCCACCCCAUUUUACUUAAUAAUAACUACUAUGAAGAAAUCAUCUUGCAUGUAUAGAUAUACCCAGCAAGAAUUUCAUCACAAUGGUCUUACUCUUGUUUCGUCUAUUGGUUUGAACUGUUCAGGAAGGAGGGAGAGACAUGAUGUUAAACCUCACAAAAUAGCUGAAAUUAUUAAUUUGUGUAAAGGUUCCCCAGUAUUGCCCAAAGUGGGUAGAUUUGUAUAAAAUCCUGUGUCUAUGCACUUCUGUUUUCUCUGCUCAAAGGGUGAGUUUGGCUUGGCACCCAAGAUGAAAUGUAUCAUAGUUCUCUGCAAUUGUUGUCUGUAUACUUCUUAAUUUUCUCACCACCCCAAUAAUGCAGGAUUCACUAGGUAAUUAUUCUUGGCCAGAUAGGAUCGUACUCUAAUUGCCUGAAUUCCAAACAGAGAACAUGUGUUUUGACUAGUCCCGGCCUUGGUGAUAAAGAUCACCUUUGCAGAGCAAAUAAUAUUCUGAAUUGAUAUUAUUUCUCCCUUUUUGGCGUGGAGAGGUUUGGGACUUCUCUCCAUUCUAUUAAUAUUACAUAGUGAGGAAGAAGGAAUGGCAGUACUCAGCACUUAGGCUGUAUCCAUGUUACAAAAUUAUAGCAUUUUCACAUUGCAUCGAUUGUCAUGGCUUCAUGCUAUGGAAUUCUGGGGUUUGUAGUUUUGUAAGACACUUGACGGUUCUUUGCCAGAACUUUGGUGCUGCAACAAGCUACAAACCUCAGGAUUCCAUAGGAUGGAACUAUGGCAGAUAAAGUGGUGCUAAACUGCUAUAAUUCUGCAGUGUGAAUGGAAGCAUUUUGCCUUCUGGGACAACCAUCAACUAAAAAAGCAUACUUGCAGAGUUCAUAGUAAACCUAGCCAAGCCUACAAUACUUCCUACUGUUUAAGAGUUCCUUAAACAUUGCCUGAGCACCUUCAAUUUUCUUUAGGUUGAAGGCUAUGAAUUGAAUAAAUGUUUGUGUUUCAGAGUUAAAAGUUCAGGGGGAGGGCAUAGUUACUUGCCAGCACUUUCAUUGUGAGUGAUCUUUAUUUGCCUCCCUUUGCAAAAGUAAUUGGGGCUUUGACCAUAUGUAUGUGUCUUCUUGAGGGUUGGAAAUUUUUUUGAGGUUACCUUUGUAACAAUAGAGCCUCCUGCGCAAGAGGAAAAGAGAAACAGCAACUCUCCGUAAGAUAUCUUUGGAUAAUUUGUUCCCUACUCAUCUUGAGGAAAUUGGCAAAGAAAAAGGAGGCUUUUAAGUGGUAAUCUUGCUGAACAAGCUUAUUCUGUUUUUAAUGCAUUUCUGGUGUUUUGAAGCCCUUUCUAUCUCAUGAAUGCAGUAUUAAAAAGCGGUGCCUAUGAAGCACCUGGCAUGUGCCUUGUGUUCACCCA